UUCGUUAUAACCCCAAGAUAGUUUUCUCGAAAUCCUGUGUCAUCAUGCCUCGUACUUAUUUAAAAAAGAAAAAUAAAACAUACACUUCUCAAGAUUUAGCCACUGCCAUACAGAAAGUAAGAAAUGGGGAGCUUACCGCAUAUGCUGCUUCACAGAAGUACAAGAUUCCAAUGACCACUCUUCAUGACCAUGUCAAAACUAAAGAUACUCUUAGACAGAAUGCAGGUAGACCAAUUGUUUUACCUUUAGAAGACGAAAAAAAGUAAGCAAGCACCAUCAUAGUCAUGGAGAAAUGGGGAUUUGGGCUCUCAAGAUCAGAAAUAUUGGAGAUAGUGGCUGAAUAUGUGCGCGUAAACAAUAUUCAGACACCAUUUAAGAAUAACACGCCUGGACCAGAUUGGUUUAUCAACUUCCGAAAACGUCACGGUUUGUCCAUCAAAAAAGCACAACCCGUAGAAUAUGUGCGAAGAAAAAUGACAGAUCCAUUCGUCAUUGCUGAAUAUUUUGAUUUGCUGAAUAAGACCUUACAAGAUUUAAAUCUUUUAGAAAAUCCAGAAUCGAUUUGGAACUUGGACGAAACAUCAUUGUGUCUGGAUCCGACCAAAACAAAAGUGGUCGGAAAAAAAAAUAAACCAUGUGCAAGGACCACCUAUGGAAGUGGAAAGGAAAACAUCACUGUGUUAGCAGGAGCGAGUGCCAGUAGUAAAAAGUUGCCGCCUUUGAUUAUUUUCAAAGGAAAAUUUGUUUGGGACCAAUGGAUGACUGAUCUUAAUAAAGAUGAUUACGAUUUCGAAUUGACAUAUGCUGCAAGUACUAAAGGUUGGAUGGGAACAGAAAUUUUUCACAAUUAUUUCGAAAAAGUACUCAUCCCAAGUCUCGGCGAAGAGCGACCAGCCCUUAUAAUUUAUGACGGGCAUUCAACGCACGUCGAUGCCAGGGUUGUGGAGCUUGCGGUCCGAAACAAUGUAACUAUCCUCAAAUUACCCCCACAUACAUCACAUUUGUUGCAACCGCUUGAUAUUUCAGUAUUUAAAUCCUUCAAAGCAAUAUGGGAUGCACAACUGGUAGAGUGGCAGAGAAGAAACGUUGGUACGAAAAUGCCAAAAAACGUUUUUGCAAAAACUAUGGCAGAUACUUGGCAACAAACGAACCCCGAAGUUAUAAAGAGUGGAUUUAAAAAGGCAGGAAUAUACCCUUUCAAUGCACAUGUCAUACCUAUUGAUAAAUAUGAUCCAGACGCUUAUCAAAGAUAUAAGAAAACUUUACUUGCCCACACACUCAAACAGCCAAAGUCACUCAAAGAAAUAUGCAUUGAAUCAUUCAACAAUCAGUUUGCUACAGCUAAUGAAACGAUAGAAAUAACAGACAAUAAUUACGUUGCCCUGCUAUCUGAAGAAUCAAGAAAUGAUGCCCAAAUGUUGCCCUUUGAAGCCAGACACCCGAGCCAAGUACCAGCAUGUUUGCAGAAUUCGAAGCAAACAAAAUCCAAAAUAAAUAUAAUAUCAAACAUAGUCAUAAAGAAAGCAUCGCAAGUACCACUUCAAAACCCAUCACAACUUGAUCGAUCAGUCUCAUUUGAAGAAUUAUUGCUGAGAAAAAUUCAACAGGAUAAAAAGAAUUGUGCUCCAACCAAAAAAAAACGUGUCACAAAAGGUGCGGAAGUAAUAACUGCAGCCUUUCUAUCGGAAUUGCCCCAAUGCACCUUAACUAAUUUUCUCAGUCUACUAUUUCCUAAGCAAAUUAUUUUACUUUCAGAUAUCUUCCGAGUGGAUGAGGAAGACCCAUAUCCAGAUUCAGGCUCUGAGUAUAUACCAUCCAGAUCGCCAUCGCCAACUGCCUUGGAUCUAAUUGAUAUUUUAGAAGAUAACCAUUCUCAAAACGACCAAGACCCUUAA